AAACAAACUGCGAUGGAUCACGAAGAGCAGGAGAUUCGGCGAGUCCUUUUGAUUUGAGGUUGGUUUUUAUCUCGAUCUGUUUUCUCUCAACGCGAGUUUUGACACGAAUAUUUUUCCUUUGUUGCAGUUCCACCUCUCGUCCACAUGAGUUUGGCCUGCGAAUCGAGGAGGAAUGUCUCGGUCGGCCGCUGCAGAUCGAACCUACACGCGAUUCCACGACGACAGGCCGAGCGACGAGCCGGUGAUUUCGGCCGGCAUGGAGGAGUUUGACGAGAUCCUGCAGCAGGAGUUGGCAACCAACGAGGCGGCAUCGAUCGCCCCCCACCCUCCGCAGCCGCACCCCGACCUCUGGGAGAUGAACUACCACGAGGCCGCCAUCUUCCUGCACGAGGGCGAGAACAACGAGAAGUUUGACUCGCACCCUAAGAACCCUGAGGCCCUGCCCGCCUACCUGAUGGUGCACAGCUCGUGGUACCACGGCCUCGACCUCGCCGCCUCUAUCGUCCUGCUCGCCCUCGCCCUCGUCGAGCCCCCGGCGGGGCCCCUCUUCCAGCUGCCGAUCUUUGUGCACGGCGCCAUCGAGUUGGUGGCCCUGACCAUCAUCGGCAUUGAGCAGGCCAUGAAGUUCCGGUGGCUGGGGUGGAAACCAUUCUUCAAGCACAAGCGCACCACCAUCAAGGGGGUGGCGCUGGUGACCAUGGUGGUGGAGGCGUGCGUGGUCCUCGUGCGCCAGUCCUCCCACUUCAGGGUCACCAGGGCCAUGCGCCCCAUAUUCCUCAUGGACAACCACCACUGCGGCGGCGUCCGACGCUUCAUCAGACAGAUUUUCCAGUCGCUGCCGCCGAUCGUGGACAUGCUGGGUCUGCUGAUGGUGAUCGUGGCGCUGUACUCGCUGCUCGCCUUUUUCCUCUUCGGGCUUGACCCCGACGACCCCUACUUCCGCUCGCUGCCCGACGCCUUCGUCAACCUCUUCGUCCUCCUCACCACCGCCAACUUCCCGGACGUGAUGAUGCCUGCGUACGCCAGGUCCAGGUGGAACUCGAUCUUCUUUGUCUCCUACCUCUCCAUCGUCCUCUACCUUCUCAUGAACCUGUUGCUGGCGGUGGUGUACGAGGCGUUCACGUCGAUCGAGCGCGACAAGUUCCGCAAACUGCUGCUGCACAAGCGUGAGGCGGUCAAGAGGGCGUUCACCCUGCUCGCCGAACCCGCCGCCGACCAACCCAGCGUCUCUCUUGUCCGCUUUGCCGGACUCAUGAAGUACUUCAGGCCCAAGAAAAGUUUCCGGGACGUGCUGCUGACGUUCAAGUUCCUGGACGGGGAGGGUCGGGGGCGGGUAACGCUGAGCGAGCUGAUGGACGUGUACAACGCGGCGUCGCUGCGCUGGACGUGCCGCGAGCCCAAGCAGCCGUGGUUCGCCGUGUCCCGAUCGCCCGCCCGCCUCCUCGGCAAGCUCUCGGUCCGUCUCUUCGAGUUCCGCCACUUUGAGACCCUCGUUUUGGUUUCCAUUUCGGCCAAUGUGCUGCUGAUGGCGUUCAGGGUCGUUCGGACCGAGGACAGCGAGCGUCUCGAGCACUCGGCCCUUUCGCUCGUCGCCUCCUGGGACACCUUCCUCUUUGCCACGCUUUUCAGCGUGGAGGCGGUGGUGCGGUGCUGCGCGCUGGGCGCGUCGCGCUACCUGGCGUCAGGGUGGAACUGCUACGACUUGGCGGCGACCGUGGCGCUGUGGGUGGCGGUGAUGGGGGUGCGCGCGCGGCCGCAGCAGCUGGCCUUCCUGGUGCUGGCGCGGCCGCUGCGGCUCAUGCGCCUCUUCAAGGUCAAGAAGCGGUUCCGCGACGUGUUCGGCACUUUGCUGCUGCUCAUGCCCCUCAUGAGCUCUGCCGCCCUCGUCAUGCUGCUCCUCUACUACUUCUUCGCCGUUGUCGGCAUGGAACUCUUUGCCUCCUUUCCCAUGAAAAACUGCUGCCUGAACUCGACGGUUGAGGCGUAUUACCGUGACAAGGCGGAGGGCGGCGUCGGGCUCUACUACCUCAACUCGUUCUCCGACCUGCUCAGCAGCGGGGUGGUCCUCUUUGAGCUGACCGUGGUCAACAACUGGCACGUCACCAUGGAGGGCUACGCCGUCGCCAGCAAAAACGCCUUCAGCCGCCUCUACUUCAUGACCUUCUACCUCGUCACCAUGGUGGUGCUGACGAUCGUGGUGGCGUCGAUUUUAGGCGCUUUCCGCUUCCGCAUCCAGUACAAGGAGCAGACCAGCAAGGAAGAAGAGCGGCGGAUGCUGUCUGUGGACGUGCACCUGCACUGGGAGGAACUGAGCGCGUGGUUGCCCCACGUGCCCCCAACCCUUUUUGCCGAGCAAAUCGGCCUCGACAUCAAAGCCCAGGGCAGCACGUCCUUCCUGGGCACAAGGGCGCGCACCACCGAGGUCCUGCAGAAGAAGAUGUACAAAGAGGACGUGGCGCGGUGGCUGGCCGAGGAGCACUCGGCAGCCACGCCCAACAGCAGACUUUUGUCCGAGAGUUGGAGCAACAACCCUGGCAGGCAUUGAGGGCAGCUGAAUAUCCGUCGACUUAAAGUUUUAAUUGUUGAAUCGAAUAUUUUAUCGAGCUGUUUCAAAGUGGGCCAUAUCAGAGCUUUUAUUUUUGUGCAAUUUUACCAGAGUAUUUUUUGUUUGUUGAAGAGAAAUUUUACUAGGCUGGAUAUUUUAUUUACUUAGACUGCAAAUAUAUUUGUAUAAUGAAAAGAGAGAAAUCACAAGUAGGAUAAUGACAAUAUAUUUCAAUAAUUAAC